UAUGAUGAAUUAAGAAAGUGGAAUAGAAGAAAAGAUAAAGUGUUUUUAUUUUUAUUUAAGAAAAAAGAAAAAAAAAAGAUCGAUACUAGUUUUUAUUGCUUAGCCUUUGAAGCCAGAACUCUGAUCGAUAAUCCGCCGGAGAAUCGAAUCCCCGAUGAAGAAUAUGAAAUAGUGUUCAUUAACUUCAUCGACAGGUUUCUCGAUUUUAAUCCUGAUUCACAGAGGCAAAAAUUCAAGGUAGAUGACAGUAAGCAUGAGAUACUCAUGUUCAAGGAUCAUAACGGUACAAUGAUUAACCGCGGAAUUCGACUUCUUGAUGCUGUGAGCAGUACCGAAUAUCAAGAGGAUGACGGCAUUAUGUAUCCUUAUUUCGAGUUCAUGCCUUUGAAUCUGUUUACGAGCAAGACAUCGUUUUCUUUAAAGCUCUCUUUUUCGGAUCUUCGGGAUCCGGAUUUUGUUUCUAUGCCUUGUCUUAAAGUCAUGUUUCUUCGGGAAAUUCGAUGGUCUGGUACUAUGCAUCUUGAAAAGCUUGUCUCAGGAUGUCCUGUUCUUGAAGACUUGACCUUGGUAAGGUAUCUUGACGAGGAUGAAUUGGUGCUUGCGCUUACAGUUGUGAGGUCUGGGAGCUUGAAGACUUUAUAUGUUCCGUUCGCAUAUGGAAGUUAUUGUAGAUCAAGAGUCCCAAACACAGUACUUGAGAUUGAUGCUCGAGGACUAGAGCAUAUGACUCUCAAAGAAAAACAUUUCGAGAAAAUUAUAGUAAAGAACCUUACUUGUAUGUUCAUGAUUGACCUUGAUUUCAAGUUUGUUGUCAAGUACGGCAGUAUUUUUGAUCCAGAGGAUUUAUCAAAGACAAAUGAAAUCCUUGGUUUUCUCACUGGGAUAUCUCGUGCAAGACAUAUGAUCAUCUCUAAGUACGGCAGUAGUUUAGUGUUUUUUUUUUUUUUUUUUUUGGUUGUUGUUUUUGUAAAAAAACUCAAAUUAAAUAUCAUAUUGUACAGAGGGAGCUAGAGAUAUACAUCUCUUGAGUUUUUGGUAGAUGAUACAAAUCUCAAAUAUUAGGAGAACCAAAAAUUCGUUGGCAUGUUUAUUAGUGACGUUAAUGGAGCCAAACUGCUUUUGUAGUACUGUU